AUGGGAGCUAUCAGAGCCAGAACUGCUUGCCAGAAAUGCAGGUCGCUCAAGCACAGAUGUGACUUCCGGUACCCGAGAUGCUCCCGCUGUGAGAAGUCGAAGAUUGAGUGCAUGGUUCAUCAUCCGGUGACAAAACUUUUGAUGAGCCGAACCGACUAUGAAAAGUUGCUCAGUUCCACCAGUGACACGGAUGAAAUAACUCCUUUGAAUGAUUCAAAUUCGGUGCUACCCAAGGAAUCCUCUGAAUUACGAGGUGGCUCCUUGGUAGCUACUGUUCAACGUCGGAAACUUGCAGAAGCGGAAUUGUUUGAGAAACUUCCACAACUGUCUGUUUUGAGCUUGGUCCCAUUUCAUUUUAGUAAUCCUGAUGAACCCACGAGCACGUUGGCGUCCUUAUCAGUAGUAAACCUUCCUUUGAAAGAAGAGCUUUUGUUGGUAAUAGAGUACUUCUUUAAGGAUUCCAUGUCACAUUUACAUUUGGUUGAUCGUGAAUGGGUUUUGGAUGUCACCAACAAAGUAUACAAAAAAUUGAAUCAAUUUCAAGGACUAUCAUCAGAGAAUGCUAUCUUGUAUUUACUGAAUUGCAAAGUCUCCGCACUUGAGCUCUACGUUCUUUACACCAUACUCACGCUAGUAGUGUCACAAAAACUGAGUCAAUUGGAGAAUAGUGAAACAAUUUUGAGCUCUGAUGAGUAUCAUAAAAGUGCUCAGUAUUUCCUCCGCCAUAUUUUGCUCCAGCUUACAAAGGAUUCAAAACCUCCUAUCAUUCAGCAAACAGAAACUCUCCGCUGUCUGUUACUAAUGUCACUCUGUGGGUUCUACAAAUCAAUGGAAACCGAUAUUUAUAGUAUCCUGAAUGUUUGUGGCAGAAUUGUCAUAGAAAUGAGCCUAUAUUUGGAGUCAUCCCUAUUGAGCUUGGAGCAGAAACUACCGAUUAACACGGAAAGUCCAGAUUUAUUUCAACACGAGGAAACUAUUCGAUUUAGAAAGCUGUUUUGGGCAUGGUAUUGCCAGGAACGUUUAGUCAACGGACUUUCAUCAAGACCUUAUAUGGUGAACGAUUUUGAUAUCACAGCUCUUCUAGGACCUCUUGAGUCUAAUGAGUCGUAUUACCCACUCUGUUCGUUGGUCAAACUAAGGAAAAUUCAAUCCCAAAUAUGGCAAACUUUAUACCGCCCUUACAUUGUGAACCCCUUUUUGAAGUCUACUUCUCGUGCUUGGAUUUCCUCCCGCCAUAAUCAAAUUAAUGACUGGUUUAGCACAGUCUAUACCAAUAAGGAAAUGGGAAUAAAAAAAAAUGACGUCCUAUUUAUGUAUUAUUCAACAUUAAACCAACUUUAUCGCCCAUGCAUCCAACAUACAAAGCUCUCCACAGGUGAUUUUAUCAUUCUGCACAACUCCACGCUCAACCUUUUAAGAUUGUAUGAUCAAAAUCUGACUUCUAACUAUAGAUUUCCAUCAAGUUUCCGCUUCGGUGGAUUUUAUGACACAGCAAUUUUGUAUUUUUACAGUGUCUGUAGUGACACUCUCCCGUUGACCUCCAGUGAACUGCUUCUGGAAUUAGACACGAUGAUGGAUCUGUUUCACAACGACAACCACAGGCCGGUCGCUUUUGGUUUACAAAUGACUCAAAUGAUAGUGAUUUUUCGUUUGAUUUACAAGCAUACCAAGAUCUUACUUGAUCGUAGGGUUAAACCGGCCAAAAACCCCCCACCCAGGCGACUAUCUCCCUCAAAGUCGGUGACCCCGCCACUUACUGGGUCCACGAAUAGGGAAGAGAAUGAUGAUGCAAAGUCAAUCGGAACUCGGAUAUCGUUGAUAGAUGUACUGGCGCCUGAAGAACCAGAAUCUAAGGCACUCACAUCUCGUUUUUUGCCUAAACUCCCACAGUACGAUGACCCAAUGAAUCGAACCUAUGACUCAGAGUACGCUCGUCAUUUGAUUCCUGUGAAAACUAAAUCGUCACGCUCGGAGAAACGAAUAGACAACUCUGACGAAUUACUGGAGCUAUACAUUGUGGGAUUAAUAAAAGAUUUGAAAGAAUUACCGACGAAUCCUUUAAGUGAAAUGGUACUGUCUGCAUUGACCGAUAACACUACCGAAGACAACCCAAAAGAAAGGUUCACUAGUUUUUGGUGGAAACUCUUGAAUGAAGUUUUCCAACCUUCCCAACUAUUUACUGGGAAAUAUCCCUAUAAUUAG